GGGCGGUCCGGUCGGCCGGCGCGUGCGCAGCAGCUGCCCAUUGCCCUCCUCCGUCUCCUCCGCGGGCCCAGGUCGGGCGAGUCGGACGCUGGGGAGGACUCGCGCGGCAGAUCGGGCCUUUAACUAUGGAAGAGAGCAUCCAGGAAUGACAGAAGAAUCCUUGUCACCCGGGAAAUAGUCAUGUUGGAAGGAUUGGUAGCCUGGGUCCUUAACAACUACCUCGGCAAAUAUGUCAGUAACCUGAACACAGACCAGCUCUCCAUUGCUCUUUUGAAAGGUGCCGUCGAGUUGGAAAACCUCCCGUUAAAGAAAGAUGCCUUGAAGGAAUUGCUGCCAUUUGAAGUCAAAGCAGGUUUCAUUGGCAAGAUAACACUACACAUACCAUUUUAUCGGCCGCAUAUUGAUCCAUGGGUGAUCUCGGUGUCCAAAUUGCACCUCAUUGGCUCACCAGAAAAACAAGAAGAAUUCGACGAAGAGAGAGAGCGACUGUUGGAAAGGGAAAACAAGAAACUAAUUCUGUUAGCCCUGGAAGAAAAAUGGAAAAAAGAACAGGAGCAGAUCGCCGAAUCGUACUGGUAUUCGGUCACGGCCUCAGUGGUCGCCAGGAUUGUGGAGAACAUUGAGCUGAAUAUUCAAGAUGUCCACCUGCGGUUUGAGGAUGGCAUCACAAAUCCUUCGCAGCCGUCUGCCUUUGGAGUCUGUAUAAAAAAUGUAUCUGUGCAAAACGCUGUAAAUGAACCCGUGGAGGAACUGAUGAAGAAAAAACAGCUCGAGAUUGCGGACUUCAGCAUCUACUGGGAUACAGAUUGUGCUUUGUUGGGAGACCUGCCUGCCGGGGAGCUGCAGGAAGCGAUGGAUGAGAGCAUGGAGAGCCGUGACCAUGAUUACAUCAUGGAGCCCGUGUGCACCUCUGCCCUCCUCAAGAGAAACUGUUCCAAGGAACCUCUAAGAUCGCGAAAUACUCCACGGCUUGAGUUUGACAUCCAGCUGGAGACCAUCCCUCUGAAACUCUCCCAGAGACAAUACAGACAAAUAAUGGAUUUUUUGAAGGAAUUGGAUCGGAAAGAACGGCAGCUUAAAUUCAGGAGAUGGAAGCCAAAGGUCACAGUAGCUGAAAACUGCCGAGAAUGGUGGCUCUUUGCUCUGAACGCCAACAUUGCAGAGAUCCGAGAGCAGAGGAAACGGUCUUCCUGGGAAUUUGCCUUGCAUCGGGCCCACGAUGCCGUAUCGUACAUGGAUCUGUACUAUAAGAAGUUGAAAGAAGUCCAGCUGUCUGAGGAGGAGCAGGAGGAGAUGGAACGCAUUGAGGAUGAGCAAACGAUUGAGGAGCUGGAAAUCCUACGCAAGAGAGUUUUCGAGAGGUUCCACAAACUGGCUGAGAGCAUCAAGGAGCCCUUGUCCGAUUCCCUGGGGGCCGCGUCGGAGUCCGAACUGGAGUCUGCCAGGGGGAGCAGCAGCAACAGCAGUGGCGAUGGCGGCGGCUGUAGCAGCAGCAGCAGCAGCGGGAUGCUUCAGUACCUUCAGUCCUGGUUUCCUGGAUGGGGAGGCUGGUAUGGCGAUUCUCGGGAGGCGCUGGAUAAAGACAGUUUCGAAGGACUCCUUUCGAAAACCUCAGAGGAGUGGAGACAGGAGGAUGGCACCCGUGCGGGCGCGGAUGAGUUUUUUGACCCCAGCGUGGACGUCUCCAACAUAAAUACCUUCACGAAGAGGGAUCACGUCUUUGCAAAGCUGAAUCUUCAGCUGCAAGGGGGCUCCGUCACCUUGCUGCAUACCGAGAGGAGAAGCCUGCAGGCAAGCGAACGGGCUUUCAUGCAGCUGGAAUUCUCAGGAGUCACCGUCUUAGCAGAAACCCUUCCUCGCCGGAAUUCCUCCCUCUUCAAGGUUCAGCUCGGCAGCCUCUUCCUCCGCGAUCUAGCAACCGAAGGGACCAUCUUUCCUGUCCUUGUCUUCCCCAAUCCCCAAAAAGAAGUUGGUUGUGUCUCUUCCAUUGGUCUCCAAACUUCCUCUUCAGACUCAAAUAACCCAAGCACUGCAGCUGACCCCGUCGUCCCGGUGUUUGAGAUGCUGUAUGAGAGAAACCCAGCCCGCAGCCAUUUUGAGAGACGCCUGGAAGUCAGUACCAGACCUCUAAAUAUUAUAUACAAUCCACAAGCCAUUAAGAAAGUUGCUGAUUUCUUCUACAAGGGAAGGGUUCAUACCUCAGGCUUUGGAUACCAGUCUGAGCUCGAGCUAAGAGUGGCUGAAGCUGCCAGGAGACAGUACAACAAGCUCAAGAUGCAGACCAAGGCGGAAAUCCGGCAGACGAUCGACCGCUUGCUUGUGGGCGAUUUCAUUGAAGAGAGCAAACGCUGGACUGUGUGCCUUGAUAUUUCUGCCCCUCAAGUUAUUUUUCCUGAUGACUUUAAAUUUGCAGAUCCCGUUUUAGUAGUGAUCGACUUAGGAAGAAUGCUACUUACCAAUUCACAAGAGGAGCAUAAAAAGAAGAGCUCAGGCUUCCCAUCGUCGGAGCUGAGUGACCAGAGUGACGACGAGUACAAGACCCCCCUGGCGACUCCCCCCAGCAGCCCACCUCCAGAAACCAGCUCGACGGAAAGCAAGCCGCUCGAAUUCGCCGGGGUGGAAAUCAGCGAAGAGCAGCUCCACGCUCACCUGAUGAGUAAGAAGAUGUACGAGACCUACAGCUUGUCGUUCAUGGACCUUCAGAUCAUGGUUGGGCGAGUGAAAGACAACUGGAAGCACGCUCAGGACAGUGUCGUCGGCCCAACCCACGUGGUGGAGAAGUUCAACGUCCACUUGCAGCUCGAGCGCCGGCUGAUCUAUACGUCGGAUCCGAAGUACCCCGGCGCUGUCUUGUCUGGGAAUUUGCCGGACCUGAAAAUCCACAUCAACGAGGACAAAAUCAUGGCGCUGAGCAAUUGUUUUGGAAGGCUAAGCACAUCCGACGGCGACAGUUCAAGCACACCGAGCACUUUGCAGAUGGGCAAGGAGAACCUUUUCUCGGAUACGGAGCAGCGCGGCAGUUUGCACAAUUCGGUCGUCAACCUCACGCAGAGCGUGGUGUUGGUGGAGCAGCACACGCGGGAAGUUCUGGUAGAGUCCCAGUUGCUUUUGGCAGAGUUCAAGGUGAACUACAUGCAGCUGGGUGUGGAAAGCAACGGACACUAUAUCUCCGUCCUCAAGGUUUUGGGGACAAAUGCCCAUUUUGUGAAGAGGCCUUACGACGCGGAAGUCUCGCUCACGGUUCACGGCUUGCUCUUGGUGGACACAAUGCAGACGUACGGCUCUGAUUUUGACCUCCUGAUGGCGUCUCACAAGAACCUGAGUUUCGACGUCCCAACGGGAAUUCUGCAGGAUAGCAGGGCACAGUCCCCUGUUGGAGGGCCGGGUGAGACCUGCCCAAUCAACGGGAUGGGCAUGGCGGAGAAAGGCGGCCUCACACCCAGAGAGUUUUCCAGCACCUUCCCCCCAAACGACGAAUCCUUAAUCAAAUUUGAGUACCAGUUUGUGAGCGCCGAAUGCCCCUCGAUGAACUUGGAUAGCACGCUGCAAGUGAUAUCGGUGCAGAUGAACAACCUGGACAUCAUUCUGAACCCCGAGACCAUUGUUGAACUGAUUGGUUUCCUGCAGAAGUCCUUCCCAAAGGAGAAGGAGGACUCCAGCCCUCAGCCCUUAAUGACGGACUCUGAGAUCAGUUUCAGCGAGCAGGACACCUUCCAGUCGACUCACGCCCAGAGUAUGGAAGUUGCGGUAGACAUCCACUGGUUAAACAUUCUUCUCCUUAGGACCGUGACGAUGAUAAACGGAGAGAAACAUGGCCGGAAAAUUGCAACCGCGAGCGUCGGGGGCACCAAAGUGAAUGUCUCGAUGGGCAGCAGACUGGAUGUGAAUGGAUCUCUUGGUUGUCUGCACCUUAUGGACCUGACCCAGGAGAACUUGAGAAACCAGUAUGUUGUCAGCAUUGGGAAUACAGUAGGGUACGAAAAUCUGAUUCGCGACGUGGGCUCCUUUAAGCCUGCGUUUCUCCCCUUUGAUGACACAAGUGGUCUUCCAGACGCGCUGAGCUUCACCUUCAUAGAGCAAUCCAAAGAGGAGUGUGUCCUGCACCUCCGGAUGGCCUCGUUGCAUUACAACCACUCGGCGAAGUUCUUGAAGGAGAUCACCCUCUCCAUGGAUGAGCUGGAGGAGAACUUCUGCAACAUGCUGAAGAGCGCGGCGACCCGAGUGACCACCGUCUUGGCCACCAAGACGGCCGAGUAUAGCGAGAUGGUUUCCCUGUUCGACACGGCGCCUCGGUCCCGGGACCCCUUUAAUCUGGAACCUAAUGAGGGCGAGGAACCCAUGGCACUGUGUGCCCCAGCAGAAACGAUUAAGCUGAUUUUGAAUGUGAACAUUGAGUCUCCGGUGGUCUCCAUACCCCGUAAACCGGGCAGUUCUGAGCUGCUGGUGGGCCACCUCGGGCAAAUCUCGAUCCAGAAUUUUGUAGCAGGAGAAGACAACUCGAGAAGCGACCGGCUCCAGGUUGAAAUCAAAGACAUUAAGAUGUAUUCUCUCAACAGCAAUCAUUUAACAGGCAAGAAGGAAAGUGUUUCUGAGUUCCCCCAUGCGCUGCACUCUCCUAUGGAUAUGGCCAGUGCCAGCAGCCAGGAAGAAUCUCAGUUCACUCGUCACGAUUUCUUCGAAUCCUUGCAUAAAGGCCAUGCAUUCCAUAUUUUAAAUAAUGCCACGAUCCAGUUCAAACUGGAGAAGAUUCCCGUGGAGAGCGACGCAGAACUGGCGUUCUUGGCGAACGGCGACGUGGACAUUUCAAGCAUUAUGAAGAUCGAAGGGAAAUUUGUCAACCCCCUGCGGGUGGUGUUGGCAAAACAUGUGUACGAGCAAGUUUUGCAAACUCUGGACAACUUAGUUUGCAAUGAAGAUUUGACGAAGCCUCCCUCCAGCUUCCAAGCCUCCGUGUAUCCCAGCUCUAGCUCACCUUCAGUGUCUCUCCAUAGCACAAGCAGCGACUUUUCCAUUGAGAGGAAGGAGAAUGGACUCUUCAGUCAUUCCAGCUUGGGUUCCGCUGGGAACAGAUUUGUGCCUGUCAAGGAAGCCACUCAGUCCUUUACUCAAAUCCAGGCCAACUUUCACGUUUCGGAGCUCCAAGUCCAGUUGAGUGGCGACUUGACGCUUGGAGCGCAGGGUCUGGUGAGCUUAAAAUUCCAGGAUUUCGACGUGGAGUUUACGAAGGAUCACCCGCACACCUUAUCCAUCCAGAUUGCCUUACGUUCUCUGCUCAUGGAGGAUCUCCUGGAGAAGAAUCCAGACUCCUUGUACAAGAACCUCAUGGUGUCCCGUGGAGCACCCAAACCAUCCAGUCUGGCGCACAAGGAGUACCUCUCCCAGUCUUGCCCAUCGGUGUCUAAUGUGGAAUAUCCAGAAAUGCCUCGCUCCCUCCCUUCGCACAUGGAGGAAGCACCAAACGUCUUCCAGUUGUACCAAAGACCUUCCUGCGUCUCCCACAAGAAGCAAAAGGACGACGCAGCCUCGGACUAUCCACUGACUCCUCCUCCCUCUCCAACCAGGAACAAAUCCAGCACGCCGUGUGGCACGAGUGACUUUGACGAUUCCUUGGUUCACAUCAACAUGUUGCUGGUGGACAAGAAGCAUCCGGACUUCGCUUCUUGCUACGGCAGGAUCAACCGCAGCGUGGACGUUGACUUCAACUGCCUGGAUGUCUUAAUCACUCUGCAGACCUGGGUGGUGAUCCUGGACUUCUUUGGGAUUGGGUCCACCGCCGAGAACCACAGCAUGAAGUUGCCGGCCGAAGAGGUUGCGCACACGGUUUCCUCGGAAGAAAGUGUCCUCUCGGGUGCUCAGGAUUCUGUCAAUACCAAAGUGGACUUGAAGGUUCACUCCCUGUCCUUGGUCCUGAACAAGACGACCAACGAGCUUGCCAAAGCAAACGUCUCCAAACUGGUCACUCAUGUGGAAAUGAUCGAAGGCGACCUGGCCCUUCAGGGAAGCAUCGGGAGUCUCUCCUUAAGCGAUCUCACCUCUCACGGGGAGUUUUACAGAGAACGCUUCACCACCAGCGGCGAAGAGGCACUCAUCUUUCAGGUCCACAAGUACGGCCCGCCGGAUCCCUUGCUGCAGCGAGACUGCGAUGUGCGCGUCAGCCUGCGGAUGGCGUCGGUGCAGUACGUCCACACUCAGCGCUUCCAAGCAGAGGUGGUAUCUUUCGUCCAGCACUUCACCCAGCUGCAGGAUGUCUUGGGACGUCAGAGAGCAGCAGUGGAGGGGCAGACGGUAAGGGAUCAGGCCCAGCGAGCCUCCAGGAUCCUGCUGGAUAUCGAAGCCGGUGCGCCUGUCCUCCUUAUCCCAGAAAGUUCCAAGUCCAACCACCUCAUAGUGGCCAAUCUGGGGAAGCUGAAAGUCAAGAACAGGUUCCUCUUCUCAGGCACCCCAGGCACCUUCUCGCUAAAAGAUAAGGAUUCUGUUCAGUUUUCCUCGCCGCUGGGAACCCCGAAACACAGCAUGAAGAAACCGGCGAGCACAGACGAGUCCAAGGCAGCCCAAAGCCCCUCGGAAGGCUUGUUCAUGAAACCACCCCCUUCUGGACCAAAUCUCAGCAGACUGAAGAGUGACCCGAUCCCGGGUGCGUUGACGAAGCCGCCCAAACCACCUGCAGAAAGUCCAGAGGAACAGAGCUGCCUGUUAGACUGCAUUGUGGUUGAUCUGCAGGACAUGGAUAUUUUUGCUGCCGAGCGGUACCCACGGGAAUAUUCGAAGGUCGCCGAGGACCCCAGUGCCGAUCUCAGCUUCCCUUCCUACCUUGUCAGGCAGACAGGAGGAAGCCUCCUGACCGAGCCCUUCCGGCUGAAGCUGCGAGUGGAAAGGAACUUGGACAAGGAGAUCAGCCACGCAGUCCCUGAUAUAUCCAUUCAUGGCAACCUCUCGUCCGUCCACUGUUCUCUGGACCUGAAUAAAUAUAAACUGAUUCGAGGACUCCUGGAAAAUAACCUGGGAGAGCCCAUAGAAGAGUUCAUGCGGCCUUAUGACUUGCAAGACCCCCGGAUACAUACCGUCCUGAGUGGAGAAGUCUACACUUCUGUGUCUUUCCUAAUUGACAUGAUCAAUGUCAGUCUGGAGCUGACGAACCCCCAGGGGAAGGACGGCUCGUUGGCCCGGUUUGACUUCAAGAAGUCCAAGCUGCUCUUUGAGAGUUUCUCGAACCAGACCAAGUCCAUCAACCUGGUUUCGCACUCCAUGAUGGCGUUUGACACCCGCUACGCCGGGCCGAGAGCUUCCGCAGGAACGCCCAACGUGUUCAGUUGCAUCUUCCAGUCCUCCAAGAACAGCAAUACUCCCGGCGCCAUACAGAUUGAGCUGCAUUACAGAUCGACCAAAGAUGCCUCCUGCUUCACCAUCGUCCUGAACAACCUCCGCGUGUUCCUGAUCUUUGAUUGGCUGCUGCUUGUCCACGACUUCCUGCAGACGCCCAGCGACACCAAGCGGGAGCCCCCGCCCCGCCAUCGCCACUACAGCAGCGAACCCGCAGUUGUCCCCAAAGCCGUGAAGUGUGGGAUCGUGACGAAGCGCUCUUCCCUCCAGGUCUCCGCGGAAAAACAGUUGGAAGUCAAGAUCAAUGUGACGGGUACCGAAUUUGUGGUGGUUGAAGACAUGUCCUGUCUGGAUACCAGCGCAAUUAUUUUGAAGGGGACUACAGUGCUCACUUACAAACCCAAACUGGUGGAUCGGCCUUUCUCGGGCAGCUUGUUUGGCAUUGAGGUUUUUUCCUGCCGGCUAGGAAACGAGCAGGAGACGGCGCUCUCCAUCAUUGACCCCGUCCAAAUUCAGGUCGAGCUGGUGGGCAACUCGUCAUACCCCAGUGGCUCCGGGUUGCUGGAUGCUUUCAACAGUGAGGACUUCCCACCCGUGUUGGAGAUUCACUUGCAAGCCCUGAACAUCAGGCUGUCCUACAACGACGUCCAGCUGUUUCUGGCGAUUGUCAAGUCCAUCCCUGGCCAGACCAGCAACGCUGUGCCCAACACCUCUGCUUCUCCUGCCGGGUCAUCUUUGGCAAACGAGACCUUGGGACCAACACCCGAAACCCCAGAAACCCUGAAGCACACUCUGGAUCCUGUCCUUGAGUUGCAGCUGGCUCGACUACAGGAGCUGGGCUUCACCAUGGAGGACUGCCGCAAAGCUCUUCUGAUCUGCCAAGGUCAGCUGAAGAAAGCAGCAAGCUGGCUCUUCAAGAACGCGGAGCCUCUGAAGUGCACACCCUUGGAAGCCAGCCACCGGGACACCCAGAGCUCUGUGGUCCUGCGCUUGAUCUCCGGGGUUGAAAUCAAAGCAGAAAGCAUCUGCAUCUGUUUCAUCGACGACUGCAUGGACUGCGACGUUCCCUUGGCUGAAUUAACCUUUUCGAGUUUGAAUUUCCUUAAGCAUCUGAGAGCCACCCCUGAAGGCUAUGCCCAUUUCACACUCUCUGGGGAUUACUAUAACCGGGAGCUUUCAGGCUGGGAACCGUUUAUUGAGCCUUGGCCGUGCUGCGUAUCCUGGCAGCAGCAGCCAGCUAGCCGUCUCCACCCUUCCCGGUUGAAGCUGGAAGUGAAGGCGAAGCACCGUCUGGAUAUCAACAUCACUUCAGUGUUGACUGAGCAGUAUGCCAGCACCAAGCAGUCCUGGAUGGCAGAUUACUGCAAGCAGGAGCAAGAAGUGAAGGAAGUGGAAUCCGAAGAAUGGAUGGGCUCUUCGGUCGACCCUCCGUCCUUAGGGCAGGGCCUUCCUCUUGUCUACCUUAGAACUAGGAGCACAGCCAGUCUGACUAACCUAGAGCACCAGAUGUAUGCUAGAGCUGAAAUGAAGACCCCCAAGCGCAGGCAGCCUUUUGUGCCCUUUGCCUUGCGGAACCACACCGGCUGCACCCUCUGGUUCGCCACUCUGACCACUACCCCAACACGUGCCGCUCUCUCUCACAGUGGGAGCCCGGGAGUCCUCCCAGAGGAAAACAGGACCUUUCUGGACGAUGCGCACAAAGUCAGCGAGUGGCGCGAAGUUCUCACCGGCGAGGAGGUCCCGUUUGAGUUUGAAGCCAAAGGGAAACUGCGGCACAGGCACACCCACGAUCUGAGGAUCCACCAGCUGCAGGUGAGGGUCAGCGGCUGGGAGCCAGUCAGCCCCGUCUCCGUCGACAAGGUCGGGAUUUUCUUCCGGUACGCAGCCCCGGACAAGAGCAGCUCGUCCUGCACUGUUGGCAGCCCCAUUAGCAGAACAAACAUCAUCCAUCCUCAUGUUUAUUUCUCUUCAUUGCCUCCCGUUCGAGUGGUGUUUGCAGUGACCAUGGAGGGCAGCGCACGGAAGGUGAUCACAGUGCGUUCAGCCUUGAUUGUGAAAAACAAGCUGGAGACACCAAUGGAGCUGAGGCUGGACAGCCCUUCGGCUCCGGACAAACCGGUCGUGCUGCCGGCGGUGAUGCCAGGCGAUUCCUUUGCCAUCCCCUUGCACCUCACGUCGUGGCGGCUGCAGGCCAGGCCAAAAGGGAUGGGUGUCUUCUUCUGCAAGUCGCCGAUCCACUGGACGAACGUGCAGAAGGCGUCGGAGGUCAGCAGCAGCAAGCGAGAGUGCCACGCCAUGGAGUCUGAGAACAGCCGGUUCUUCAGGUUUUGUGUCGCAAUAAAGAAAGAGAAUUACCCUGAUUACAUGCCCUCCAGCAUCUUUUCGGACAGUGCCAAGCGGAUUUUCAGGCAGCCCGGCCACACCAUUUAUCUCCUGCCAACGGUGGUGGUUUGCAACUUGCUCCCUUGUGAACUGGAGUUUUAUGUGAAAGGGGUGCCCAUUAACGGCACGCUGAAGCCGGGCAAAGAGGCCGUGCUGCAUACCGCCGACACGUCACAGAACAUCGAACUCGGGGUCUCUUUAGAAAACUUCCCCCGCUGCAAAGAGCUUCUGAUCCCUCCGGGGACUCAAAACUAUAUUGUACGGAUGCGACUGUACGAUCUCAACAAGCGCCAGCUGAAUCUCACGAUAAGGAUUGUGUGUCGAGCGGAAGGGUCCCUAAAGAUCUUUAUUUUGGCACCCUAUUGGCUCAUCAACAAAACCGGGUUGCCGCUGAUCUUCAGGCAGGACAAUGCCAAGAUAGACGCAGCAGGCCAGUUUGAAGAGCACGAGCUUGCCAGGAGUCUGAGCCCUCUCCUUUUCUGCUACGCCGACAAGGAGCAGCCCAACCUGUGCACGAUGCGAGUCGGGAGAGGGAUUCACCCUGAAGGCAUGCCCGGCUGGUGCCAGGGCUUUUCGCUGGAUGGAGGAAGUGGCGUCAGGGCCCUUAAAGUGAUCCAGCAAGGAAACCGGCCCGGCCUCAUUUAUAACAUUGGUAUCGACGUCAAGAAGGGCAGAGGCCGCUACAUCGACACCUGCAUGGUGACGUUUGCACCGCGCUACCUGUUGGAUAACAAGUCCGUGCACAAGCUGGCCUUCGCACAGCGGGCAUUUGCCAGAGGACAGGGCACUUCCAAUCCAGAUGGCUACAUCUCCACCCUCCCGGGGUCCAGCGUGGUUUUCCACUGGCCUCGGAAUGACUACGACCAGUUGUUGUGUGUGCGGCUCAUGGACGUCCCCAACUGCAUCUGGUCGGGGGGCUUUGAGGUCAACAAAAACAAUUCCUUUCAUAUCAAUAUGAGGGACACCCUGGGGAAGUGCUACUUUUUACGAGUCGAGAUCACUCUGAGGGGAGCGACGUACCGCGUUUCGUUUAGCGACACUGACCAGCUACCGCCUCCAUUUCGCAUUGACAACUUUUCUAAGGUCCCGCUUGUGUUCACCCAGCACGGCGUGGCAGAGCCUCGGCUCAGCACGGAGGUCAAGCCCAUGACCUCUCUGGACUACGCCUGGGACGAGGCCACCCUCCCGCCCUACAUCACGCUGACGGUCAAAGGGGCCGGCUCCUCCGAAAUCACCUGCUCCAUGGACGACCUUCAAGACAGCAAGCAGCUCUACUACGAGAAUUUCAUCUACAUCGCUGCCACCUACACUUUCUCCGGCCUGCAGGAAGAAACUGGAAGGCCGGUGGCUUCACAUAAAGAGGUUGACUGUGCUGAACUGGUACUGGACGUUUCUCCAAAGACCCAGCGAGUCAUAUUAAAGAAGAAGGAGCCAGGGAAGCGCUCCCAGCUGUGGCGGAUGACGGGCACGGGCCUCCUCUGCCACGAGGGCUCGGCUGUCCCCCACCAUCCCAACAAGCCGUCCCCGCCCCGCUCCGCGGAAUCCUCCAUCAUCUUGGACAUCGCAGGCCUUGCCGCAGUCACCGACAACAGGUAUGAGCCGCUGAUGCUGAGGAAACCCGACAGGCGGCGUAGCACGACACAGACCUGGAGUUUUCGGGAUGGGAAGCUGGUUUGCGGCAUGCACGGGCUUGUCGUACAGGCCAAAGGAGGCAUCAAAGGGCUACACGAUGGCGCAGAAGUUGUCCUCGGUCCUGACACUUCGCUGGAGAUGCUGGGUCCGGUUCCGCCAGAGCAGCAGUUCAUCAACCAGAAGAUGAGGCCAGGCUCUGGGGUCCUGGUAGUCCGGGUCAUGCCCGACGGGCCCACCAGAGUCCUCCAGAUAACAGACUUCAACCAACGCAGAAACGACCGUUUCUCGUAUGAAGGGGACGAGCUGCUGGAGCAAGAUCUGCAGAAGCUGAAGAACCCAGACACGGAGCAAGAGUUGGAAGUUCAGUUGAAACUGGAAGGUGGCAUCGGAUUGUCUCUAGUCAACAAAGUCCCAGAAGAGUUAAUAUUCGCGAGCUUUACUGGCAUCAACGUCCAUUUCACCCAGCUGUCAACAAGCCAAGUUCUUGAACUCAGUAUACAAGAUGUGCAGGUGGACAACCAGCUCAUUGGUACCACGCAGCCGUUCAUGCUCUUUCUGACCCCCAGAACCAGUGAGAACGAAGCAGCAGAGACGGGCCCAGCGGUGCAGUUGAAUGCCAUGAAAUUUCCCAGUAAGAGACCUUUAACUGAUAUAUACAAGCAUCUGAUGAUCACGGCUCGCAAGUUCACAGUCCAAAUUGAGGAGAAACUGCUCCUUAAGCUGCUGAGUUUCUUUGGCUGUGAUCAGUCUGAAUCAGAGGUCGAAAGCUACGACGAAAACCUCCACGAGAAGCCUGUCGAUCAGAGCGGGGCCCAGAAGCGCUACUACUUUGAGAACCUCAAAAUCAGCGUGCCGCAGAUCAAGCUGAGCGUCUUCACUUCCAGCAAGCUCUCCUUGGACCUCAAGGCACUGAAAAGCACUCUGGGCUUUCCUCUGAUCCGAUUUGAAGAUGCCGUCAUCAACCUGGAUCCCUUCACCAGAGUCCACCCGUACGAGACGAAGGAGUUUAUCGUCAACGACGUUCUGAAGCAUUUUCAAGAAGAGCUGCUCAGCCAAGCAGCCAGGAUCCUGGGCUCAGUGGACUUCCUUGGAAACCCAAUGGGGUUCCUGAACGACGUCUCAGAAGGCGUGACGGGGCUCAUCAAGUACGGAAAUGUCGGCGGCCUUAUAAGGAACGUCACGCACGGCGUGUCAAAUUCUGCUGCAAAGUUUGCUGGUUCCUUGUCGGAUGGUUUGGGGAAGACGAUGGACAAUCGGCAUCAGACAGAACGGGAGUACAUCCGCUACCAUGCGGCCACGAGUGGCGAACACCUGGUGGCUGGCAUUCACGGCCUGGCUCAUGGUAUCCUUGGUGGAUUGACGAGUGUCAUCACCUCGACGGUCGAAGGUGUGAAAACCGAAGGGGGUGUCAGCGGCUUCUUCUCUGGCCUCGGGAAAGGACUGGUGGGAACUGUCACCAAGCCAGUGGCCGGUGCUCUGGACUUUGCCUCAGAAACAGCCCAAGCCGUGAGAGAGACAGCCACUCUGACGGGUCCCCGGACCCAGGCGGAGAGAGUGCGGAAGCCGCGGUGCUGCAGGGGGCCACAGGGACUCCUGCCCCAGUAUUCGGAGGGCCAGGCAGAGGGGCAGGAGCAGCUCUUCAAGCUGACGGACAACCUGCAGGAUGAAUGCUUCAUUGCGGUGGAGAACAUCGACAGCUACUGCGUCCUCAUUUCUUCCAAAGCCGUCUACUUCCUGAAGAGCGGGGACUACGUGGACCGGGAGGCCAUCUUCCUGGAGGUCAAGUACGACGACCUCUUCCAUUGCCUUAUCUUGAAGGACCACGGGAAGGUCUACGUGCAGCUGACGAAGAAGGCGGUCAACUCAAGCAGUGGAGUGGCCAUGCCUGGUCCCUCCCACCAGAAGCCCAUGGUCCAUGUCAAGUCCGAGGCCCUCGCCGUGAAGCUCUCUCAGGAAAUCAACUAUGCAAAGAGCCUUUUCUACGAACAGCAACUGAUGCUCCGAUCCAGCGCGCACCAAGAGCCACUGGAGCUGGACUCCUGACCACGCACAAUCUCCGAGGGGGACAGAAGCCACCUCUCUGCUCGGGAAAAGGCCGGAAAAGCCCCCUGGGAGUCCGCGAGGAUGUUCUGGGAGACAAAGUCCCAGCAGCCAGCCGGGCCUCGGAUCGCGAGAUCAAAGACCUGUUUGGAAUGCAUUUAGCGAUAGGAAAAGCUCUGUAUUUUCUUACCAUCUGUGUGUGUGCGUGUGUGUGUGUAUAUAUAUAUAUAUAUAUAUAUAUAUAUAUAUAUAUAUAUAUAUAUAUAUAUAUAUAAAUAUAUACAUUUAUAUAUACGCCUAUACAUACAUAUGUAUGUACUACUGUGUCCGUGUAAAUAAGAAAGUACACUGGGGAGUUGCGAGUGUGUAUAAAGGUCUAUUUCCUGUAAAGAAAUUAAAGGAGAGAUUAUAUUGAGUCUUCUAUUGCACUGAUUCUCCGCAUUUGGAAUUGCACAUUUUUCUGUAGAGGUGGUAAGGAUUCUGAGUUGGAAGGUGCCGGGGCGCAGCGUCUGGAGUGAACGGCAAAGAUCCAGGUCAGGAUCGGAGCAGGGUGUUCUGAUUCCCAGUGUUCUGCGGGACUUCCCCCCCUCUUCUCCCCCCCCCCGCCCCCCGUUUCCAUUUACAGGGUGGUUUUGCUACUGUCUUGGAAGGGUGCAGACAGAUAGGGGCCCUUGCAAAGGAUUGGCAGGGCCUGAGCGUUCGCUCUCCUGAUAAGAUGCUGGUGUCUAUGUGCUUCCUGGCUGGCCUGAAUACAUGGGGACGCGGGAAAGGGUUUUUUGGUUUUGCUUUUUUAAAAUCAACUAAGCAACUUCCCCUCUUUUUGGAGACCUUUUGGUUUCUAAGCAUUCAGUGUUCUGAGCGGCCGUUUGGUCGUGGUAUCACUUUGGCGUUUCAACAAGGCUACUUCGUUUAUAGCAGGACAGGCGUCGGAAAGAGAUGGUGUUAAUGCACUCAGAGUUGUCCCCAGCAGACCUUAAGCAGAAAACUGACUCUCGGACCAGGGGAGGAGGGGGAAAUGUCACUGCCUUUGUUGGGGGAAAGAAUGGAAGUUUAUAAAUUUCAUAUUGCAGUCCUGUAGUUUUGAAUCUGCGGGUUAAUAAAACGCUGCUGCUGCUG